AUGUUCGCCAGACGGAAUCUGGUGGCUGAGGAAGAUGACAAUGAUACAGAGGCAACGAUGCUCUUUAAUGCCAAGGCGAAAGAGGACCUCAGAAAAAUGGCUCCUACCGCAGCUGAAAGAGCCGAACGACAUUUUAUACCCGGUGUUCCUGCUAUGGCUUCUGUGAAAAAAAAAUUAACAUUUGAUGAUACGUUUACAUUCGAUUGCCCAACAUUGCCAGCUUCAAAAUCAGCCCUCGCUGACAAAGAAAACGAGAUUAGUGUUUUACAAAGACAGUUAAGAGAUUAUAAAUACAAAAACGAGCAGCUGAGCGAUGCACAGGAGACUUUGGAGAGCCAGCUCGAACAGCUAAGAGCUGAGAAGUCUGACUUGAAGAACCAAGUUCUCGAGCUGGAAGAGGAUGUUAAACUUCUUCAAACCUCAGAACCUUCAUUUUUGGAUGUUACUCAGGGAGAUGAUUGGCGACAAGUUGCCAAUAAAUAUUGUGUUUGGUUCAAUACAGCACGCGAGCAACUUCUACAGUCUCAGCUGAUUUUGAAAAAUAAUAAGUUGUGGAAUGCUGAGAACGUGCGGAAGUUGACAGAAGCAGGACAAUUACAGUUCCAAGAAUUUUCAAAUGAUGAUCUCGGGGAAUUAAUUUCUGGUUCAAUUCAAGAUUACAAUAUUUUUAUUGAAAUGGAAGAAGAUGAGGAACUUCAACCUCAGAUUAAUAUGGACGCUGUACCGGAAUUGGAACCUCCAAGACAAGACCCAGUUUAUAACCAGAACUUCGAAGAGCAGCCAGUGCAUAUGAGCGUACAGGAUCCAGCUCCUGGCCAGAUUUAUAAUGACGACAUGGAGCAAUCUUAUGGUCACACUAUGACUCACAUGUAUGGAGAACAGUCGUAUCAGGAAGCGAUACCUCAAGAACAAUCAUUUGCCCACUCCUUACCUCCACAACCAUAUCCUCAAACUAUGCCUCAGUCAUCGCAAUCUCAUACAUUCCCACCACAGCCCCAAACUACUCAGCAAGAUGUUAUUAAUGACGAGAGCAUUGUUUUUGACGCUACACAGGAAACGUACCCACAUUCCUUUAUGUCAAGAAAAUCACGCAUAGCAACUCCUUCACCUAUCAAGCCUGAAUCAGCAUCUAACUUGAACGAACUUGAUCAGAGCUCAAUGUUUAACAGUACACUUCACAACACUUCCAUUGACUAUGAGAAAGACAAGAAAAUAGAUUGGAUGGAGAGCCGUAUAAGUGAGCUAGAAGAAUGCUUGAAACUCUUAAGAUGUCGUUCUCAAAAGUAUUUGCAAGCAGAAGAAGAAAAACGUUCCUUAACAAAUCAUGUGGAGCAUUUGAAUAAAGUAGUUAAACAGACAAUGUCUGAACUUGCCGGUUUGAAGCUUGUAAUUGCUGAGAAGCUUGUUGAUAUGGAUGGGACUCCGCGUGAUACUUGUUUGAAGGAUGUCGAUCGUAUUAAGGCUUUGGCCAUACAGUUGAACGAAGUCAUUGCGGCAAGAGAUAAAUACUAUGCUGAUUUGAUGGAGGCUUCCGAAGAAAAUGCACUACUUAAAGAAACUGUAGCACAACAGAAACAACGAAUCGAACAAAACGAGCGGACAUUGAAAGAACAGAGAGAUUUCUGUGUUGAUGCUGAGCAGAACAAAGAAAAACUGGAGAAGUGUAAUCAAGAGUUGAUGGAGGCCAAGAGCAUGGUGUCGUCUCAUGAAUUAACUAUCAUGCAACUGCAGCAAACCAGAAAUGAAACAAUGACCGAUGCUGGAGAUUCUACACAGAUUUUCCAUAUGGCUCGUAAUCCUCUGCAAGAUGCUCAUGAUGCUUUCAGAACAGUAGAGGAAAGAAAGAGGAAAGCCGAUGAGACAUAUCAAGAUGAGAGUGGUAAACGUUUCUGUAAUGAAGAAAUCGAAUCGCUAAAGGCGAAGUUGUCAAAAGCAGAAAAUGAGAAAGUCACUGUUGAGUCUACUUUAUCUAAUUUUGCUAUGAAAUAUCGAGCAAUGAUCACAGUUUUGUCAGGUUUCCAGUUUAAAGUUAAAGAUAUUGAUGAGGGAAUUUGUUAUGUAAAUAGCGUGUAUGAUGAUUCCGAUAAUGAGUUUGUUUUCAAGUAUGAUUAUGAAUCUCAACAAGUAGAUCUCUUAGAUUCGGGACCUUCGAAUUCUACAAGUGUUUGGGGAACUCCUGAGCAACAGUUUGAAAGUGAAAUGAGGAGGUAUAUUGGUGAAAGGCAAUCGGUUCCCGCAUUUCUCGCCUCGGUAACAUUAGCUUUAGAAUCCAGAAGAAACUUUUCUGACAAUUCUACUAUGAUGCCUGUGUUAGGUUUAGAGGGUAUGAUGUGA